UCCUUCGCAGGCAGUCGUGCUGCGCCUCUCCUGCGGUGAGGUCCUGACACCACCUGAUUUUCCGUGUAAUGUAUGGAAACGUGCAGGCGCCAUCUCGAAUACUAAUCAUCCGAUAAGAUCUCGUAAUUAUUCCGUAUGUUUCUAGUUACGCCCUGCAGAGGAUCCUGCCAGUUCCUGCAAGUUGCGCAUUGCUGGACCGGCCAGUGGCUUCCAAUACACUUCCGGUACGCUCGAGAUAAUCUUCUUCAACAAUGAACAGUGGUAGAUAAAUGGGCGCAUAAAACUAAGCACGGAGUGCCACGCCGUGAUCAAUCGUGGCCAAAUGUUCCAUUAUUGUUAAAUGGUUUAAGAUUUAUUGUUAUGCUCGAUCCUGAAAGGCCACUUGAAUUUUUUAAAUAGAUCAAAAUUUACGCUAAUCGUGAGUGAAAGCAGAAGUUAUGUUAUGACUCCGUGGUCUUCAUAACCGGCAGGAAUAAACAUUCAUUCUGCGUAAUAAAGACAGUGACCUCGAGAUUACGUCGAGAUAUGAAGCGACGAGCUUUAGCUACGCAAGGGAAAAAAGCGCCCAGUUCGUGGCCCAUAUACAGCUUAGUGAGCACCGUUGCAGUGGCCUGCUAUCUUAACGGACUUAAUGGCGACUUCGUGCACGAUGAUAUUCCUGCUGUGACUCUCAAUAAGGACGUCUUGGCCAUCAACCCCAUCAGUCAUGCAUUCAAGAACGAUUUCUGGGGAACGCCGAUGGCCGAUCUGGCAAGCCAUAAAUCCUACAGACCUCUCACCAUUCUCACUUUCAGAGCAAACUUUUUGUGCUUCAGUCUGCAGCCAGUGUGGUUUCACGUUACAAACGUCGUCCUGCAUGCUGCCGCCUGCAUAUUGUUCACCAGGGUAUGCCUGAAAAUCGCCGCCUUCAAGCCCCCGUUCGCAACGCUUGCCGGCCUCUUAUUUGCCGCCCAUCCCAUCCACACGGAAGCGGUGACGGGUAUAGUGGGCAGAGCAGACGUUUUAGCUUGCGUCUUCUUCUUAGUAUCGCUCCUGGCAUAUCACGGGCAUCCCGACGGCAAGUGUCAUAUCUGGAUCAGCGUCUCUUUGGGAGGCCUCAGUAUGUUGGCUAAGGAAACCGGAGUCUCUGUUUUUUUGCUCAAUUUGGCGUACGACUUUUAUCGUCAUUGGCCUGCCGUUAAAAAAACAAUAGUCGAAGUGAGAUGGAAUCAGGAAACCCAGCAAUUUGCUAAUAGAGCUGCAAAGGUCCUUACAUCGCUUGGUAUAUUACUUGCCAUCAGACUGGCUCUUUUACAAGGAUCCUUACCCAAGUUUUCGCAACAGGAUAAUCCCACAGCUUUCCAUCCGUCUCUCUAUGUAAGGGUGUUAACUUUCUGCUACUUGGCUGCGUUCAACUGGUGGCUCCUGCUGUGUCCUGCAACGCUGUCGCAUGAUUGGCAAAUGGGGUCGAUACCCUUGGUAACGUCACUCUCAGAUUCCAGGAAUCUGAUGACGUGCUUCUUCUUCGGAAUGGCGGCACUGCUUUUGAUAAGAAGUCUAUGCGACUUUGAGAAUCAGAAGCAUACCCCAGUAGUACUUGGCCUCAUGUUGCUCAUUUUUCCGUUCUUGCCAGCAGCUAAUCUGGUUGUUACUGUAGGAUUUGUAGUGGCUGAGAGGGUCUUGUAUAUUCCUAGUUUAGGUUGUACCCUCCUUGUAGUAUAUGGAAUCCAAAUCUUGUGGACCUCUUAUUCUAAACAUCGCCAGACAAUAAUUUGUUGCGUGAUGCUUUUAUUGACCACAAAUUGUUUACGCACUGUUGUGCGUAAUCGCGACUGGCGGUCCCGCGAAUCCCUUCUGAGGGCCGGGUUAAUGACAUUACCGCACAACGCCAAGAUGCAUUACAACUACGCGAAUUUUCUGAGAGAUUCGGCGAGACCUGAAUUAGCUAAGUCCCAUUACCACAGAGCUUUGAAGUUAUGGCCCACUUAUGCAAGUGCCCACAAUAAUUUGGGCACUUUGUUGAGCAACGAACAAGAAGCUGAACAGCAUUUCUUAGCAGCUAUUCGGUACUCGGCCGACCAUGUCAAUGCACACUACAACCUGGGUCAGCUCUAUCGGAAACUGAAUCGGACAGCGGAAUCCGAACACAUGCUAAAAAGGUGCAUCAAUCUUGAACCCAGGUUCACACCGGCCUACAUCGAAUUAGCAAGACUCCGAGGACCAAACGACAGAAGUGUCAACAAUCUACUCAAAAAAGUCGCUUUGCUAAACCCACGUGACCCCUAUUAUAGCACCAUUUACGGCCACUGGCUUUUAGGCAAAAGCGAUAAUCUCAAGGCCCUUCACUUCUACUGGAAGGCCCUCUCCGUGUGUACCUCCUACCAGGAAGCGAUGCUUGGUGCUUCAAAAAUUCUACGUAAAUUCGGUCAAAGUUCACGUAUCUUUCAAUUGAUCACAAGAUGGCAGUCAAUUUUACGAAUACGAAGAGGCGAACCACCUAUAAGCCCACACGUCUAUUUACACGGAUGGCAACUUAAAAGUGAAUUGAGUCAUAAAGCUAGAGCCUACGACAAUUGUAGCACGUUGUUACUUGGUAGUCGUUGCGUACAAAGUUCAAGCAAAAUAAAGAAAAUCGCUCCAAGUGAAGAAAUCGGAAAUAAAUGGACGAGGCAGACAAGCAACAAGACAAAGUAUCACACAAUGAAGCAGUGCAAAGUGCAACAAAAAUUACAUAAACAGAAACCUUCGACGCCGCUGAUGGUUCAGCAUUUCUUGGAUUAAAGAAAUAAAGUGCUUUUUCAGAAUGUUGUUUUUAUGUAAUUGUGUUUUUGUGAUUUUUUGCUUAACUAUAACAAUGAUAGACAUUAAAUAGUACAAAAAUUUCACACUUUCGAUAAACGACAAAUUUAAAAGAACUACUUUGGAAAUAUAGUAAUUAUAUGACUGGUUUCUAAACGAAUUAGUAUGUAUUUUUACCUAGUAUAUAAUAAAUAUAAUUUUUUAUUCCCAAAAUUGUCAAACUAACCUAUUCGUGAUACGUAAUAAAAGAAUUUUGCAGCUAUGUUAUUUUAAAUUUACUGUUGUUACGUAUUUAUUUACUGCUUAUCCUGAUAUGUUCAUAAUUUUGUAAUAUGUGAAGGGUAUUAAAAUUACAUUCUAAUCUUAAUAUUAGUGAGAUUAACCGAGAGAGGAAUUGAUAUUAAUAUACUUAAAUCACAAAAAUUGAACCAUUUAUUGUUAUAAACUAGGUAGGGACAACCAUGUGGGAAUAAUUUGAAUGACUGCUUGAUUUUGUAGCUUAGUUUCUCACUCCUUUAGCAGUAUUACAGAAACAUUUCUUGAAUGACUGAAUUUGAUAAAAACAAAGAUAUUUUUAAUAAAAUAAUUUUGUAAAAUUCUUAAAAAUGGUAUGAACGAACCAAAACCGGUUUACAGUGUAUAUAUUGCACGAAAUGUAAAUAAAAUUAAACAGUAUUACAAAAAAGUCUAGAUUUAAGUAGCUUAGUAAAUUCACUUUAAAGCAUUUUAUAAAACAUUGUUGAAGAUUAAGGUUCCAUAUACACAUUUUUUUAUAAUAAUAAAAUGAAUGUGAUCGAGUAAAAACGUUGUUCUCUCCGUAUAUAUAGCUUGAUAACUGUGAAAUUUUUUCCGCUAGUAAAAUAAUUAUGGCUAAAAUUAUGUUUGAGAUAUUUGUUUUUAGAUGGGGCCAUUUCAUGAACUCUGUAUACUAAAUAUUCAUUAGGCGAAACUAUUUCUCAAAGUGAAAUUAAGGCAAACAUACAUAUUUAUAAGGUUGUUGUGUCUACAAAUUGUAAAAUACUUGUAUAGGUUUUUGAUAAUCAAUAAA